AUGGCUACUUUCGUCCCUGACGAGCUAAUAUACGAGAAGGACUUGUCGAAGAAGAGCUUCCGUAGGUUCAACGCGGUGGUCUCAUUGAUUCACAUGCAAAAUCUAUUCAAUAUAUAUGAAAAGUACGUCAGCGGUGAAAACGGCGGCAGCCACGCGUUGUUCACGUUCCUCGACAGCGUAACGAAUAUUGUGAUCCAAGAAGUAUACUCUAGCAAUGGAGAUGUGUUAAAAUUUUCACAGGACAGUAUGCUAGUUAUGUGGAAGGAUGUCAAGUAUACCAGAAGGCUCUGUUUACCAGGCGAUCUCGUGUUAUCAUCCAGCGCUUGGGAACAUUGCGCCCCUAGUCAAUACGAUUACGUAAUUAAGGAUUCAAGUAAUAUUAAGAUUAUUAAAGUGCUUGGACCACCGGCAGAAGUGGCUAAGAAAAACGACUCAACGAUCACGCCGGUUUCAUACGAUGACGAACAAAACACCCAACAAUCGCCAUCGGAAUCGGUUCUCUCGGACGAUUCGAUCGAUGAGACGGACUCAAUUGAGUUUCGAAAAUCGGAAUUUAAAUAUUUGACGGAGAUAAAGCAGAUCACCGUCGUUUGCAUCAGCGUGAUUCCUAUUCAGUACUCCGUUUAUGAAUUGAUAUCUUUACUGGACGAAGCAUACAAACUGAUUCAAAAUAUAAUCGAACCGUAUUACGGAUGCAUUGCCAUGCUGAAUUUAUUCGAAAAAGAUAUUUCGUUUUACCUUUUGUACGGACUGAAAGAGUACGAAGUCGAAGGAGUCAAGGUCAACUACGCGAAGAAUGCAAUACUCUCCACGUUUGAAAUAACGGAGGCAUUAAAAGAAGUUGCCGGAAUCAAAUCAGUUCUAGCCGGUAUUUCGACCGGUACAGCAUUUUGCGGUGUGGUCGGUCACAUCGUUAGAAGGCAAUACAUGAUUCUCGGUGCUCCCGUAAAUAAAGCAAUCUCUCUAAUGAUAAUGUCGUUCGACAAGAUAUUCUGCGACUACGACACGCUUUUAAAGAGCGAAUUGGACAAAGACAAAUUUCGUUCUCGAGGUAUAAAGGUACUGAAAAAAUUCGGGAAGUGUCAAGUUUAUGAAUUUGGAAACACAGGGCCUCCAGUUGAAACUAUGCAGAGUUUAGAGUACAAUUAUCCACUCCUCGAUAGACACCAUGAAGUUGAAUAUUUCAAGGAUAUUCUGGACGAUAUCGGGGUGAUAGACCGAGCUUAUUCCGGAAUGCUUAUUGAGGGUCCUGAAAGGUCUGGGAAAUCGAGGGUUCUGGAUGCUUUCGCCACAAUAGUAAGAAACAGGCAGAUAAAGCUUAUUAAAUUGUCGUUGCACGCUUCUCACACGGAGAAGGCUUUCGCCGUGCUGUACCAUAUAUUUCUUCAACUUUUCAACGCUGAGAACUGUACGUCGAUCGACGAUCGUGAACGGGUUUUAAUAAGCAUGUUGUCCGAAAUUCUACAUGACAAAGAGUUUUGCUACCUGAACACCAUAAUGAGGGUUCAGUUUCCACUUUCCAAGGACUACUGCGAGGAUACCGAAUGGAAACGUCACGGGAAGAGCUUGGAAAUCUUCGAGCAAAUACUGAACCAGGUUCUUGGACGCAUAUGCAUAAUUUUAGACGACGUGCAGCACAUGGAUCUUCUGAGCUGGCAGUUUUUGUCGUCCGCCUUGAAUAACUGUAAAGUUGUGUUAAUAAUGGCAAUGGCCGAACCCAUUUCCUGGGACAAUUUGUCGCAAGUAGAGGCCGGCAUGUGCCAGGACAAAAGGCUACUGAAUAGAACGUUAGAAGGUUUGGACCCUAUGUACCUGUCGGCGUUCGCUUGCCAAUUUCUAAAUGUUAUGGCCAUACCCAAAGGUCUCGAGAAGUAA